AUGUCCCAGUUGUCGCUGGCAGCUCUCCCCGAUCCCAACCUCAAUCUUGCCCCGCUACGAAUGAUGGUGGACGACGGUGUCCACGGACUAUCGGCGCCGGCGCCACUGGAGCCCAUCUCCCGGCCGAGCUCGGCCUCGACACAGGCAUCGCUCGCCCAGCUGCCGGGCAUCUCCUCUCUCGCCAUGGGCGCCGGCAUGUCUGGCCGGAGCUCUCCACAGCCAAAACCAUCGACAAUGGCAAUGUCCACGGCUCUGGCAGGACUAUCGGCCCUGCAUUCCAGCACGUCGUCGCCGGCCGCCACAUCUACCGGCGGUUCGGCUGGCAAUCUGAUUGCACAAUCAGGCUCCCCCAGAGACGACCCGGGACCGCUCAGGAAGAUGGCAACCAUGGCUAACCAUGAUCGCGAAACCACGCAGCCAAUAUGUCAAAACUGCGCGACUUCGACCACACCGUUAUGGCGGCGCGACGAGAUGGGCUCCGUGCUGUGCAAUGCCUGCGGACUCUUUCUCAAGCUGCACGGCCGCCCGCGUCCCAUCUCCCUGAAGACCGACGUGAUCAAGAGCCGCAACCGAGUGAAGACGUCGAUGCGACCUGACCUGGCCAUGAAGAAGAAGAACGCAGCCGCCGUCGCUGCCGCUGCUGCCGGCGUUGAUCAGAACGGCGUGGUAGACUUGCAAAGCCAGGCUUACGCUGCCACGGCCGCGCUCACAGCGCGGCGGGUAUCGCAGAAGCCAGCCAACGGCCAUCUCGACGGAGAGCACUCACUGGGCAGCGCGGCCUCGGGAAUGUACACGCACACGUCGUCGGGAGGCUACCCGAUGCUGGACGACGGACAAUACCAGAGCCAACACCUGCAGCCGUUUGGCGCGUCCGGAACGUCGCCCAGUCGUGCUGUGUCGCCUUUGAAUGGCGACCGCAUGGAUCCGCAGAACCAGGACCAGCUCCUAGCCGCAAACUCGAGCCUGAAGACCCGCGUGGCUGAGUUGGAGGUCAUUAACGACUUUAUCCAGCGCCGGCUGGGCCACUACGAGCCGCCCUAUGGGACAGGUCAGGACGGCCAGGACGCAAACCACCAGGCUAUCGAGGCGCAGCUGCGAUCACAGGUCGAGCUGCUGACGCAGUCGGAGACACAGCUGCGCUCGCAGCUCGAAGAGAGCCACCGGCGGGAGAACAUGCUGAAGCGGCGCCUCGACGAAUUAGAGCUCGAGCUGACCGAGUCAAAAAAUGCCCUCGGCGCCUACGAGAGCGGACGGAUCAAACGGCCGCGUCUCUCAUCGCCGGUAGCCGACGUACCCGCCGACGCAUUGGUAGAAGCGACGACAGCAGACGUUUGCGCAAACACGAAAGGCACGAUUGAGGACGCUAGCCUGACCAAGGACAUUGAUGUCAACAAUGAUGUCAGCAACGGUGCCAACAACGAUAUCGGCAACGAUGACAAUAAAGCAGUUGUUUUUCCCGAAGAGGCAGACAAGAAGAUGGCAGAUAGCGACGAGAUUGCGGCGAUCGAAGCGACUAAGGACGUGCCAAACGGCGCCUCUGGGGACGAGGCCACCGUCACAAUGCAGACAGCGAAGCAAGCCUUGGAAGAGACUUCCCAACUGUCAGAAGCGAUAAGGCCGAGCUCACCCAAGCCAUGA